UUAUCUCCUUCUCCUUCCCGUCGUAGUCGCACUGUCGCAGGCGAGUAAAAGGCGAUUUAUACAAAUACAAAAAAAGCGCAUGAAGUUGUUUUUUUUUCUUUCCAGACUUUUGCCUUCUCUAACCAGUGUUUCGUGAUUUUGGGUGAUCCUAGAAAUGGGAGAUGGGGCUGAGAUUGUAACCAGGUUAUAUGGGGAUGAGAAGAAGCUUGCAGAGGAUGGUAGAAUUAGUGAGUUGGUGGGAUCUGAUGAAGUGAAGGAUAAUGAAGAAGAGGUCUUUGAGGAAGCAAUUGGUUCGCAGGAGGGUCUAAAACCUGAAUCUCUCAAAACCGAUGUGUUGCAAGAGGAUUUUCCUUUAGCUUCCAAUGAUGAAGUGUGUGAUUUGGAAGAAACAAGUAGAAAUGAGAGAGGAGUAGAAAAUUUAAAGGUUAAUUAUUCGGAGAUUGGAGAGAGCCAUGGUGAGGUUAACGAGCAAUGUAUAACUACGAAAGAGGCUGAUUCUGAUUUGGUGACUCUCAAAAUGAAUGAUUAUGAUCACGGGGAAGUAGCAGAUGCAGAUAUUUCUUAUGGUAAAAUGGCAUCAAGCUUGGAUGUGGUUGAGAACAGUGAGAAAGCUACUUCCAAUUUAGCUACUGAGGAUGUGAAUUUGGAAAACGGAAAUACACAUUCUUCUUCAGAAAAUGGAGUAGUCUCUCCUGAUGAGAAUAAAGAACUGGUGGCGGAAGUUAUCUCAGUAAGUGCCUGUUCCGUGGAAACAGGGAGUAAUGGUAUUGACGACGAAAAAUGGGAGGAAGAAAUUGAUGUAUCAGCUGGCAUGGUAACAGAACAAAGAAAUGGUAAGACUGGUGCUGAGUUCAAUAGUGUUAAAAUUGUUUCAGGUGACAAAUCCUUGAAUGAUAGUAUUGAAGUAGCAGCUGGGACCUUAUCUCCAUUGGAAAAAUCUAGUUCGGAGGAGAAGGGAGAGACUGAAAGUCAAAACAGUAAUGGAGGACAUGAUAUUCAAUCUAAUAAGGAAAUUGUAAAGCAGCAAGAUAGCAGUGUAAAUAUAGGUCCAGAGAUUAAGGAAAGCCAACAUAUGGAAAGAGAAUCUGAGGUAUUAAGUUCUGUUUCACCAACAGAGUCUAGAAGUGAUACUGCAGCAUUACCACCUGCUCGCCCAGCAGGUCUUGGUCGUGCUGCUCCACUUUUGGAACCUGCACCACGCGUUACACAACAGCCUCGUGUCAAUGGAAAUGUGUCUCACAAUCAGCCUCAGCAAGCUGAAGACUCUACCACUGCAGAGACAGAUGAGCAUGAUGAGACCCGUGAGAAGCUCCAGUUUAUCAGGGUCAAAUUUUUGAGGCUUUCACAUAGAUUAGGGCAAACUCCACAUAAUGUUGUUGUUGCUCAGGUUUUGUACAGGCUUGGAUUGGCUGAACAGUUGAGGGGCAGAAACGGAAGCCGUGUUGGUGCCUUUAGUUUUGAUCGUGCCAGUGCCAUGGCAGAACAGCUUGAGGCAGCUGCACAAGAUCCCCUUGAUUUUUCUUGUACGAUUAUGGUGCUUGGUAAAAGUGGGGUUGGUAAAAGUGCAACCAUCAAUUCUAUUUUUGAUGAACUGAAAAUUAGUACUGAUGCAUUCCAGGUGGGGACAAAGAAGGUUCAGGAUAUUGAGGGUUUUGUUCAGGGAAUUAAGGUACGGGUAAUUGACACUCCCGGUCUCUUACCAUCCUGGUCAGAUCAACACAAGAAUGAGAAGAUCCUGAAGUCUGUUAGGGCAUUCAUCAAGAAAAGUCCGCCUGACAUUGUGUUAUAUCUUGAUAGGUUGGAUAUGCAAAGCAGAGAUUCUGGUGACAUGCCUCUCUUACGCACCAUCACUGAUGUUUUUGGACCAUCAAUAUGGUUUAAUGCCAUUGUGGGUUUGACUCAUGCCGCUUCGGCUCCACCAGAUGGCCCAAAUGGUACUGCUUCUAGCUAUGACAUGUUUGUGACACAACGUUCUCAUGUCAUCCAGCAGGCCAUUCGCCAAGCAGCGGGAGAUAUGAGGCUCAUGAACCCUGUUUCUUUAGUUGAGAACCACUCUGCUUGCAGGACAAAUCGGGCAGGCCAGAGAGUAUUACCUAAUGGCCAAGUGUGGAAGCCUCAUUUGUUAUUACUCUCAUUUGCAUCCAAGAUUCUUGCCGAAGCAAAUGCUCUUCUGAAAUUACAAGAUAAUAUUCCAGGGGGACAAUUUGCAACUCGGUCCAAGGCUCCGCCACUACCAUUGCUCCUCUCAUCGCUUCUGCAAUCAAGACCACAAGCUAAGCUUCCUGAGCAACAGUACGAUGAUGAAGACGAUGAAGAUGAUUUAGACGAAUCAUCAGAUUCUGAGGAAGAAUCAGAGUAUGAUGAGCUUCCUCCCUUUAAGCGGUUGACUAAAGCAGAGAUGACUAAGCUUAGCAAAUCUCAGAAGAAGGAAUAUCUCGAUGAGAUGGAGUAUCGGGAGAAACUAUUUAUGAAGAGACAGAUGAAAGAGGAAAGAAAGAGACGUAAGUUGUUGAAGAAAUUUGCUGCUGAGAUUAAAGAUAUGCCUAACGGGUAUAGUGAAAAUGUGGAAGAGGAGAGAAGUGAACCUGCAUCUGUUCCAGUUCCAAUGCCAGAUUUAUCUCUACCUGCAUCUUUUGACUCUGACAAUCCUACUCAUCGGUACCGGUACCUUGAUACCUCCAAUCAAUGGCUUGUUAGGCCAGUGCUGGAAACUCAUGGGUGGGAUCAUGAUAUUGGUUAUGAAGGUGUGAAUGCGGAACGACUAUUUGUUGUUAAAGACAAAAUACCAGUAUCUUUCUCUGGCCAAGUGACAAAGGACAAGAAGGAUGCACAUGUGCAGCUAGAAUUGGCCAGCUCGGUUAAACAUGGAGAAGGUAGAUCAACUUCCCUAGGUUUUGACAUGCAAAAUGCUGGGAAGGAAUUAGCGUACACUAUUCGAAGUGAAACAAGAUUUAACAAGUUUAGGAAAAACAAAGCAGCAGCUGGUCUCUCUGUUACGCUCUUAGGUGAUUCAGUUUCCGCGGGACUAAAAGUCGAAGAUAAGUUGAUUGCUAAUAAACGGUUCAGGAUGGUUAUGUCAGGUGGAGCAAUGACUAGUCGUGGAGAUGUUGCUUAUGGUGGUACUUUAGAAGCUCAGUUUCGAGAUAAAGAUUAUCCGCUUGGUCGGUUUUUAUCAACUCUUGGACUCUCUGUGAUGGAUUGGCAUGGCGAUCUUGCUAUCGGAGGGAAUAUACAGUCUCAAGUACCCAUUGGACGUUCCUCUAAUCUCAUUGCUCGUGCUAAUCUGAAUAACAGAGGAGCAGGGCAAGUAAGCAUCCGCGUAAACAGCUCUGAGCAGCUUCAACUUGCUGUGGUUGCACUUGUUCCUCUGUUCAAGAAGCUUCUUACUUAUUAUUCCCCUGAGCAAAUGCAAUAUGGACACUGAUGAGUAACAUUUAACUGUUUUGAUUUUUUCUUGAAACAUGUUUUUCUUUUUUUAGUUGUCGGAAUUCACUUUUGUUUUAAGUCUUUGAUGUUUGGUUGUAACAUAUGUCUGAAACUUAAAAUCCAUUAUCCCAAUGUUUCUAAGUCUUCUUG